AACUGAACCUAAUAUAAUAACGAUAACACUCGAUUCGAUUUGUUCAUCCUCUCCUCUCCGGAACCGGAAAUCUCGUGUUGGUAUCUGUAUCGGAGAAGAAGCUACUACAAUGGCGAAGAGGGAGAUUAGUAGUACUUUGAGGAAUCUAAAGUUUAUGCAAAGAUCUGCUGCGAAAGAGGAGAAGAAGAUUGAUAAAGAGCCAAAUGGGAGUUUUUCUUCUCUCGGAAGUGUCGUUGCAAAGAAGUGUGUGGUUAUAACAGACUGGGAUCCUCAGCCUGGAGCCUUGUUAGGACGCAUGUCGUUUCAGUCUUUCAACCCCUCCAUCGAGAAACUGAAUGAAGAAGCCACAAGCGGUCCAGAAACAGAUGCUUCUGUUCCCACAAGCUCUAGCAGUAAUGGAGGAAGAAUGUCUUUUAGUGAACCGAAGGUUGAGCCAAGCCGGGAAAUAAACGGUGACUUGAAAAGGAAACAGUCUGAGGAACAAAACCAUCCUAGCAAGUCCCCUAAGAGCAGUGACAAACCAUCACCGAGCAACAAGAAAGGCGGCGAUGGUUUCAAGAAACCCAAGGGCAGGAACGCAGCCUGGAACGUUUUGAAGCAACUAAAACAACCUCAAACCAAAAAGGGUUUAAAUUAGCUGCCUGCAGCAACCUAUUUGCAGUUAGUAGUUCACAUCGAUUCAUAUGUGGUUGUAGAUUACUCCUUCCGCUUUCUGUUAGCUCCAGCCAUAUAUACGAAGGAAACAACUUUGUCUUUCCAUCAAGGUUUUGAAUCCAUGAUUACUAUAUGUACUUGCAGGAGAGAAUAAGAUUCAUUCAAUUCUUGCGAUCAAA